CAGCAGCUCUCUCUUUUCUGUGUCUCCUCACACACACUCCAUAUAUAAAAACAAUUGCUGUUAUAGAGAGAGAAAUAGUUGUUAUAGAGAGAGAAAGUUGAAGCCAAUUUUAGAUUAGUGUUUUUGUUUGGAGAAUGAGAGAUCUGUGUUAGAUAGAGACUUAUGUGUAACGAAAUGGCUACUUCUGAAAGUGCCCGGAAUCCUACCGCUGCCGCAAACGUUGAUGCUGAGAAAGCGUUGUACACGGAGCUAUGGCGUGCAUGUGCAGGUCCGCUUGUGACAGUGCCCCGCGAGGGCGAGCUGGUUUUCUAUUUCCCACAAGGUCAUAUUGAGCAGGUUGAAGCAUCAAUCAAUCAAGCUUCAGACCAGCAGAUUCCAGUAUAUAAUCUUCCUUCUAAGAUCCUCUGCCGUGUAAUUAACGUCCUGUUGAAGGCUGAACCAGAUACUGAUGAGGUGUUCGCACAAGUGACUUUGAUGCCAGAACAAAAUCAAGACGAGAAUGUGGUAACGAAGGAACCGAUGCCCCCUCCGCCACCACGAUUCCAUGUGCACUCUUUUUGUAAGACAUUAACAGCCUCUGAUACCAGCACUCACGGAGGAUUUUCUGUCUUGAGACGGCAUGCUGAUGAAUGUCUUCCCCCUCUGGAUAUGUCUCGGCAGCCUCCAACACAGGAGUUGGUGGCCAAAGAUUUGCAUGCAAAUGAAUGGCGCUUCAGACACAUAUUUCGCGGCCAGCCUAGGAGGCACCUUCUUCAAAGUGGUUGGAGUGUCUUUGUAAGUUCGAAAAGGCUUGUUGCAGGGGAUGCAUUCAUAUUUCUUAGAGGUGAGAACGGGGAGCUUCGUGUUGGAGUCAGACGUGCCAUGAGACAGCAGGUUAAUGCUCCUUCAUCAGUGAUAUCCAGUCAUAGCAUGCAUCUUGGUGUCCUUGCUACAGCUUGGCAUGCCAUUCAGACGAAAACACUGUUCACAGUAUAUUACAAACCAAGGACGAGCCCUGCUGAGUUUAUAGUUCCAUAUGACCAGUAUAUGGAGUCUUUGAAAAACAAUUACUCCAUUGGGAUGAGGUUUAAAAUGAGGUUUGAAGGUGAAGAAGCUCCAGAACAGAGGUUUACUGGCACUAUAGUCGGCAUUGAAUACGGUGACCCCAAAAGGUGGCCUGAGUCCAAAUGGAAAUGCCUGAAGGUUCGAUGGGAUGAAACUUCUGCUAUUCCUAGGCCAGACCGAGUUUCACCCUGGAAAAUAGAGCCAGCUCUUAGCCCUCCUGCACUAAAUCCACUUCCAAUACCAAGGCAGAAAAGGCCUCGAUCAAAUGUUCUGCCCUCAUCUCCUGAUUCUUCUGUUCUUAGUAGGGAAGGUUCAUCCAGAGUAACUGUAGACCCUUCACAAGCCAGUGGGUUUUCAAGGGUCUUGCAAGGUCAAGAAAUAUCGACCUUGAGAGGCAGUUUUGUAGAAAAUAAUGAAUCUGACUCAUCUGAGAAGCCAAUUGUCUGGCCACCGGCACUGGAUGACGAGAAGGCUGACGUUCAUUCUGCAUCAAGGAGAUGUCUAUCAGAUAAAUGGCUUCCUUUAGGGAGGCCUGAAUCAUCUUUUACAGAUCUUUUAUCAGGUUUUGGGGUGCAAGCAAGUUCCUCCCACGGGUUCCAUUUACUUUCUGGGGGCCAAACAGCAUCUGCUAGCUUGGUGAAGCGACAAGCACUGGAUGAAAAUGAUUUCAGCUUACUGGGAAAACAAUGGUCACUAGCGCCUUCUGGUCUCUCACUUAAUCUGAUGGAUUCAGGAUUGAAGGGUGCGGAUAAUCUUUAUCAUAUGCGGGGAACAUCGAGAUGUAAUGGUUUUAAUGAGUAUCCAACCCUCCCUGGUCAUAGAAUUGAUAAUCAGCAGGGAAAUCGGUUAAUGCCCCAGUCCAUGUUGCCUUAUAUUCAGAUGUCCGCUCAUUCUGGAGAAAUGAUGCCUAAACCCAUGGCUUCACUACAGCCCGAAGCCGUGAAACCCAAAGAGGGGAACUGCAAACUAUUUGGCAUUCCCCUAGUAAGUAAAUCUGCCUCCAUAGAUCCUGUCAUGUUGCGGGAAAAUUCUCCGAUUGACUCUGCAAGUAACAUGCAUUGUGGUGUACACCCAUAUCAAUUCCCUGUAACUGAAUCUGAUCAAAGGUCCGAGCAAUCAAAGGGAUCAAAGCUACUAGAUUAUGGGAUCACAAUUAGUGACCAGGAAGAACAAUUCCAAACCUCUCAUCCUGGUGCUCGAGAUAGAGAGGGCAAAGGCCUUGUUAAUUCAACAAGGAGUUGCACCAAGGUUCAUAAACAGGGUACGGCGCUUGGAAGGUCUGUGGAUCUUGCAAGGUUCAACAACUAUGAAGAAUUGAUAGCUGAACUGGAUCACCUUUUUGAUUUUAAUGGUGAGCUCAAGGCUCGGAACAAGAACUGGCUGGUUGUAUAUACUGAUGAUGAGGGUGACAUGAUGCUUGUUGGAGAUGAUCCAUGGCAAGAAUUUUGUGGUAUGGUUCACAAGAUUUUUAUCUACACGAAAGAGGAGGUGCAGCGGAUGAACCCAGGGACUCUCAAUUCAAAAGGCGAGUACGAUUCUUCUUUUGCAGAUGGCUCCGAUGCUAAGGAAGUGAAGAGUCUACAACUUCCUUCUGAUUCCAGUCCUGAAGAUUCUUAGUGAGGUCCUCCUUAAUUGAGGUUUAUAAAAUAUGCGGAAAGAACUACAUCCACCCAGCUGUUGCAUUUUUGGGGAUUUGGGAAGGUGGUAACCUGCCACAUGAAGUCCCUUUAAGCUUCUGGAUGGCUGGUCUCUCCACAUUGAUGCAGCUUCUGUACUUGGCAGUUUCGACCCCUUUUUGGAGCAAACUUAUGGUGACUUAUCUAUACACAGUAUACAUAAAAUAUCAGCCUGGUCAUAAUGUUCCUUUCGCUUAUUUCUGUAUGUACAUACUCAGUUUUAACAUUUCUCUGGCAGCUCUAGAUGUAAAUAAGAAGUUAAUACACAGCAUACAUUGUCUACUGUUAAUUUAUGUACUACUGGUAGCCAACUGCUUUUAGUACCCUACAUCUGUUAUAUCAGGCUAUCAGCAGUUGUGGUCAUCCGGGUGAACAUGUUUUGGCAGUCAUGCAAAUUUUGGUCGUAAGAGUUGAAAAGAUUAAUAUAUUUGGUUAUUACAAAUCUUGAUCAAGUUAUUGCUUCGUCCCUUUGGUUACUUCUGGUUGAUACCCACAUGUAGCCGGCUCUUUUGCAAAACAUCGGCAGCUAGAGUUGACAUUGUCAAUGUUUUUAAACUGGGCCAAAUUCUCCAAGUCUUGGUGACACCUUGGUGUGUCAAUUUGUUAUCAUAAUACUGGAGGUCCAGAGCUUGGCCUGACAACAGAGAAUUGGCUCAGUUGAUCGACAAGGGUGCAGAGCACGGCUUGUAAAUGCGGUGCAUUUGGAGGCCAUGGUCACAGUUAACUGGAUUGGUACCCAUAAAAUGUUGUGAACUUAUCGUGUCCAGCCCCUGUUCUUUCAGAUUCUGUGGUGAUUCAUUGGAAACAUAUUGCAGGCAGCACAUAGAUGUUGUUGAAUAUAGGUAUUGUUAUCUUUAUUGCUAUUAAACAACCAUAUGGUUCAUGGGUUUUGCGCCAGCCACCCACAUCAUAGUCCCAUGGAAUCAUGAGUCCAGGCUCCAGCUACCGUUCUUUUAGUAUCUGAGGUCAUUCCUUGUAGCUUCAUAUCUCCGACAACAAAUAGAUUUUUCUGAUUUCCUUGUAUAUAAAAAAGAUGUCACUAGAAUUUGUGUCGAGCCAUCCUUAUGAUAGUGGAUGGGUGCUGCUGAAUAUACUAUCAUUUCACCAUUCCAGAAUGAUUCAACUUUCAUUUGGGGCUUCU